CUCCUCCCCCUCAGCGCUCCCGGCCCCUCCUCCUGCGGCUGUGUCUCCUGUCCCGCUGCGUCUCACCUGUCUCACCUGAACAUGGAGGCAGAGCACCGGGGUCUGGGCCGCUGCGCGUGCAGCUUCUGGCUCGCGGUGGCCUUUGACGUCGUGGGGCUGACGGUGCUCCUCCUGGGGGUCUUCGCCACCGUCUUCUUCUACGACCUGCUCAUCUACGCGGGCGCCAUCAUCAUCUUCCUCAGCCUCAUCUGGUGGGUGUUCUGGUACUCUGGGAACAUCGAGGUUCCCCCGAAGGAGCUGGAGGAUGACGUCGGUCUGCUGAAGAAGAAAGGCGGCAUCGGCGGCGCGGUGCGGCGGCUCUCCAGCCGCGUGAGCAGCGGCAUCAGGAGCUCCUUCCGCCGCGGAGGAGGAGCAGGAGGUCCGCAGGGGAUGAGGGGGUCCCAGAAGACCGGGCAGGUGGCCGUUGCCAUGGAAACGGUAGCCCCACAGGGCGUUGCGGGACAGAUGCCACGCACGACAAUGGAGACUUCAGCCACCUGACAGGUGGAGGUGAGCAAGGUCAAAGUUCAACCUCUACCUGCUGCUUUAUGGCCUGAAAUUAUGACGCCAUAAAAACCAUCA